AUUUUGCUCGACAAAAGAAAGAGGAUGGGCAUUUAAAAAACGCUGUCGUAUCCACUUCGAUCGAAUUCAACAGAGAAACAGAUCCCAAAAAGCUUAAGCCCGGAACAAUCCCAAACCAGUAACAGGGCCGAAUUUGUUCAUCGAGCCUAUCAAUAUGGCUGAUCCUGAACUAGAAGCAAUCAGACAAAGAAGAAUGCAAGAGCUCAUGGCUCAACAGGGCACGGGCAGUCAACAGAACAAUGAGCAGCAGAAAGCACAGGAAGAGGCCCAGAGGGAGGCAGAUGAGCAAAGGCAAAUGAUGCUUAGUCAGAUUUUGUCAUCGGAAGCACGUGAAAGACUCUCUCGAAUUGCUUUGGUGAAACCUGAGAAAGCCAGAGGAGUUGAGGAUAUUUUACUAAGAGCUGCUCAAAUGGGCCAGAUAGUUGAGAAGGUUUCUGAAGAGAGGCUGAUAUCAUUACUGGAACAAAUUAACACCCAAACCAGUAAACAGACCAAAGUCACUAUUCAGAGGCGCCGGAGUGUUUUGGAAGAUGAUGAUUAGCUUAAAUGCAAUCUUGGCUCUGUAUUUUUGUGUGAAACAAUGUUUUCUUGUUGCUUGUAUAAUCAGAGCUAUCUCUGUGCCAUAUUCAACUGAAUUUCCCGCCCCAGCACUGCAUUCUGCCCCUCCUUCCUCCAAAUUCAUAAUUGAAACUUUUAUAUAUCUAGGUAUUGUGAUGUCUAACUUUCAUGUAAUGAAUUCUAAACUUUGUUAAGAAAAGUGAGGCAACCUUAUGAGUUCAUAUAUGGGGAAGCAUUUAAAUUCUUUGUUUGUCA